AUGGCAGUUCCCUCUCAAUCAGCUUUGGCUGACAUGAGCGGUCCUCCAUUGGUAUCCGGUUCAACAGCAUUGGAUAGCACCUCAACCAUUCGACAACGAAAGGUCCAAGCGUCAGAUGUGAAUUCGUCCAAUAUGAACAGUGAGCAACCAGGUUCUACAGCACAAGAUACCAACAAGGCAGACAACAAAGAAGAAGAAGAAGAAGAAGAAGAAGAAGAAGUGAAUUGGGGUAAAACAGCUACUGGAGAAGUAUUUAAAGUACCUCAAACGCAUUCUUUUUUACAUACUUUAUUAACUACGACACAUAGAUCUUCCCUUACACGAUUAACUUUAUUCUCAUUGUUAGCUCAACCAUUCUUGUUCUACCUUCUAAGAAACCAUAGUAUUCUGAGAUCUGUGUUUUUCUUAUUAUACUUUGCUUUCUGGAGAGGUGCAUAUGACUUUGGUUUCGCUUGGUUGCUUCGUAAACAAUCUGAAAAGAAGUAUAUCGUGAAAUGGUUAAAAAAUAAAGGUUGGUUAGAUAUCAAUUCUGAUUUGAAUACUGAAUCUAAAGAUGAAAGAGAAAAAGGAAAAGAAUGGGCAGGAUGGUGGAAAAGAGAAUUGGAAAUGAAAAUGGAUAAUGAAUAUAAAUGGGAAAACGUUCCUCAAGAAUUUAACGCUUGGUUAAUGUUUAGACAAUUAGUCGACGUCGUUUUACUCAAUGACUUUGUCUCUUACACAUGUUUCGCUUGGUCCAAUUUACACUUCCCACCUAACCACUCUGUCUUCUUCCAUAUCAUAAGAUGGUCAUUUGGAUGGUCUUUAAUCUUAUUCAAUCUAUGGGUAAAGAUGGAUGCUCAUAGAGUAGUGAAAGAUUACGCUUGGUAUUGGGGUGACGCAUUUUGGAUGAUGGUCAUGCAACAUGAUUUAGUAUUUGAUGGUGUUUAUGAAAUCGCUCCUCAUCCAAUGUAUUCCGUUGGUUAUGCUGGUUAUUACGGUUUAUCAAUGGUCGUCGGUUCAUACACCGUUUUAUUCGUUUCCUUAGCUGCUCAUGCUGCUCAAUUCGCUUUCUUACUGUGGUUCGAGAAUCCUCAUAUCGAGCGGACCUAUGGUGGUGGUCAAAAACCUCUAGUUUCAAGAGCACCUUUAUCAUGGGAACGAAGCAAUUCCGAAGCAGCUGGAGAAACAGGAUUUACCACCAUUGUAGAAGAAGGUGAAGGUCCAACUCCAUCAGCUACUGAAGGUGAAACAGAAAACGAAUCUGAAUUACCUGAACUUCCACCUUCAACAGUUGAGAUCCAUCCAGUCAUUCGAAAACCUCGCUCAGAUAGUAUAAUGUCUUCUGGUUCAAACACUGAUUCAGGUUAUUCCAAAACAUAUACUAGAAAAGGAGGUAACAAUGCUAAGAAAUCAAAGAAACUUUCGAUGCACGAUCUCACGCAUAGAUUCUUCAGGAAACCCGCCAUCGUCCUCUCACAACUCGAUUUGUUUAGAUCACCAGAUUUCGCUUUGGUUCUUCUCAUCACUUAUGCUUUGUCGACUCUGAUCCCACCAUUAUCACCAAGAUUAGCAUUAACAGGACAUUUCAUCCAUGCCCUCUUGUGGAGAUUAUUCCAUUCAUACGGUUUAGGUCUACUACUUCGAGCUCAAUCCAAAUCUAAAUGGCUUGUCAGACAUUUCCUCAAACAUUACCAUUAUCCCGGUGAUGGAAAUUUCGAGUUGGAAGAUGAAGGUGAAGCUAAAGAAGAUGUUGUCAAACGUGCAACCGAAGAAGCGUUUGGUAAUUGGCAAGUGGUGUAUAAUAUCAGUCUGGUGAUGACUUACGUCUCGUUCGCCGGGUUAGCUUGGAAGACAUAUCACUUACCUUCAGAUUGGACUGUCAGCGGAACUAUUCUGAGACACGUACUUGGAUCACUCCUCAUCGCAUUGCACGUUUGGUCUGCUGUAUCUUCAUACGAAGUUCUUGGUGAUUUCGGCUGGUUAUACUCUGAUUUUUUCCUUAUCGAGCAAAUUCCUUCUCAGCUUGCUUACACUGGUAUCUACCGAUUCCUUAAUAAUCCUGAAAGAAGUAUGGGAGGAGCAGCGUUCUUGGGAUUAUGGUUGAUCAGUAACUCAAAACUCGUUCUCGCCUUAGCGCUGAUGAGUCAUCUGAGUCAUUGGUGGUUCUUAUCAUUCGUCGAGCAACCACACAUGAAGAAGCUCUACGGUGAUCGACUUCGGAAAGACGGCGGAUUGACGAAGACCCUCAAAAACGUAGCCGAUAAGACCCUUUCUACUAAAGGUGGUAGAAGAGGAUCAGAGCUUCGACGAGUAGUUCAGGAGGUCAAAGGCUCCAUCGAGAAGGUAGAAGAGAAAGUCACCGAGGCUGUUGAAGAGUUUUUGGAUCAUGCCCGGCCGAUGUUCUCCGAUAUGGUUCAUGACACCAAGAUUUUGCUUCAGCACUCUAGGGAAAGGAUGAUCAUCACUCGUGUCGCCAAUGAUAUAUCAGCCUAUGAUCCUUCCCGUUACUCCCUUACUUUACCUACAUCUUCUUCUACUCCUAUGCCUCGCUAUCAUGUUGGACAGCCUAUUCGAGUAUCAUGGACAGCACCUUCCAACCAUUCACGUAAAGAUUGGAUCGGAAUUUAUCGAUUAGGUUCAUGUAAAUCUACUUUGGUCACUCGAAUCGCUUCAGCUGGAAAAUGGAUGCCUAUCUACGAAGAAGAGUGGGAUGGUGAUGUUUACUUGAAUCCAAUCGAUCAUCAACGUAAGAAUGAUGCUGGAGAAGUCCUAUUUAGAGGUGAACAAUUACCUUGGUUACCUGGUCAAUAUGAAAUUAGAUAUCACCAUGAUGGUAAACAUAAUGUUAUGAGUAGAGUCGCUCCUAUUGAGAUAUACGUUUCAAAACCAUCAAACCCAGAGUCCAUUCGAUCAAUCAGAUCUACACUUUUGAACAUUGUUUCUCUGUCAUUAGACAGCGAUCCUAAAUUAAUCCCCAGAUCAGCUAAGAACAAGAUUAGACCUAUGAUUCGAUCUGGUUCUGGGUCUGGUUCUAGCUUGGGCACAGGGUCUGGUCCUGCAUCUCCAAGUGUUGGACAAAGUUUACUUUCAAUGUCAAAACCCACUGGUGUUGGUAAAUCGAAAUCAAGCCAAACUCAGUCUAUCGGAUCCGCGUUGUCUUCUUUAUCCAACGUAGAAGAUUCGUCAAAGGUGCACUCCGAAUCUACCAGAUUCAGUAAAACUCCCUCUUCGGAGGUCAGAGAAAACGGACAUGGUGAUGACGGAAUCACAGAAGAGGAUUCUGCCACACCUAUAACAAGAUCAUUCCCCAUUCUCCAUCCUGACAGAAUGGAUGUAGAUUUGGAUGUAGGAGACGACCCUGAACAAGAUGAUGUAUGGAGUACUUCACCGUCUUCGAUUGAUCUUCGUAUGCCACCACCUAGACCAAGUCAGAGACAAGUGACUCGAGAAGGGGGAGAAGAAGAGGGCGGUGAAGGGGAUGGAGUUGGAGGAAAUGGAAAUGGAGAGAAUCAAGGUGAUCAAGAUGAUUUCAUAAUAAUGACGCCGAAUCAAGCUCAACGAAUCUCGGAUUUAUCUCAACUGGCUUUCGGAAUUGAAAUUUCGAAAGACGUAGUUGUGGCUGAAGCAAAUGUGGGUGCUUUGGCUAGGAGAAUUGCUGGACAAAGAGGUUUGAUAGCUUCCAGUGGGAGUGGUGGUGCAGGUGCUGCUGCUGCUGCUGCUGGUGGUGGUGGAGACAAAGCAGCGGGAGGUGGGGCAUAA